AUGCCUCGGUUUGUCCCCCGCCAGCGGAAACAUAAAGUCCUUGCACGAGAACAGGCAGGACGGCCGCACGCGCCGCAACCCACCGCCAAUGAAGAGAUCAUCGUGCCGUUGAGCCAGUCCGAGAAAGAGGAGAGAAGACGUGCACUGAAAGAGGAGUUGAGGUCACAGCAACCGAUCAAAAUAUCCUCCAAGAAACAAAAGCGCUUGGACAAAUAUAUCGAGAACAAGCUAAAGAAGGACGAGACGCAUGAUUUAUUGCGGAAACUAGAGAAAGAGAACGAGAAAUACGAAGCGACGUUACCAGACUCGAGUCACCUUGGUAAACGCAGUUUUGGCGCCUUUUUAAGUGGCUCGGGAAGGGUUGCAGCACCAGAGAAGAAGGCAGACAACAAGAAGCAGCAGCAGGACGAUUCCGACCUCGAGAGCGAGGACUCGUUCGAGGCCGAAAACAGGAGUGCUUUCACAAACGAAGAAAAUGGGUCAGUCGAUGCCAAAAUCCCUGCCGCUAUAUCUCAAGGCCUCGGCCUUGCGCAGCCAUUGGUGCUGGACGAGAAUGGGUUGCCCGUGAUCCAGACUCGGAAGAGCAAAAAGCAAAAGAGGGCACAAGAAGAGAUAUCCGAAGAACUGCCCUGGGAAGGAUUUGAUUCAGAGCCAAGCGAAUCUGGACAUAGUUCUGAUGAUGGAACGUCGAGUGAAAUGGGGGAGUCAGAUUCGGACGAAUCGACUUCGAACCCCGACUCAGCGGAAAGUGGCGAGGACGAUGAUGAAGACGACGACGACGACGACCAGUAUGGCUCAGAAGACGAAGAUUCUGGGAGCGAGACAUCCGAAAUGUCUGGUCAACAAAAGUUGGCUCCCAGAAAGUCCGCCUUCAAAACCUGGGCCACGACGCAGUUAAACCAAGCCGUGGGACAUACGCCGUCGUACACUUCUGGUGAGGGCGAGCUUUUGCCAAAGCCUGCUCCUCCCGUACAAACAACCAGGCCUAUUCAAACUGUCAAGCCUGGCCUUCUUCCUGAACUUCCUCGUUCAGCAACUCUAAGAAGUGUGUACUCUGUCCAAGUCGAACGAUCAGACUCGGUUCAGCAAUCCCGCUCCGCCCUCCCCAUCAUACAGCGAGAACAGGAAAUCAUGGAGGCUGUACACAACAAUGCUGUGGUCAUAGUCAAAGGCGAUACCGGCAGCGGUAAGACUACACAGCUACCUCAGUUCUUGUUUGAAGCAGGAUAUGGCUCGUCUGAGGGACCGUCACCCGGAAUGAUAGGUAUAACGCAACCACGUCGUGUAGCUGCGGUCAGCAUGGCAAAUAGAGUGGCGACAGAACUAGGGCCUUCGGGCAAGAAGGUCUCUUAUCAGAUCAGGUUCGACAGUACUGUGUCUCCAGACACUGCGAUCAAGUUCAUGACCGACGGAAUUCUAUUACGAGAACUGUCGCAGGACCUCCUACUGAGGAAGUACUCGGUGAUCGUCAUCGAUGAAGCGCACGAACGGAGCGUCAACACGGACAUCCUCAUUGGCAUGCUCAGCAAGGUUGUUCCAGCGCGGAUGCAAAAAAGCAAGUUCAAUCCGGACCCCAAGCCUUUGAAAUUGAUCAUCAUGUCUGCUACCCUGAACCUUGAUGAUUUUCUCCACGAAAAGCUCUUUUCUCCUGCGGUGAGACCGCCCAUGGUUGAAGCUGAGGGCCGUCAGCACAGAGUCACCACACACUUCGCGCUAAGGUCUAGGGCGGACUAUGUGGAAGAGGUCAUCGAAAAGGUCAGGCGCGCUCACAAGAAACUACCGAAAGGUGGUAUUCUGGUGUUCUUGACCGGUCAGAAUGAGAUUCGACAAGUUAGUAGCCGGCUGAGAGCAUUGCUUGCGCCCGGAAAACAGUCCUCUACUGGUGCCGCAAUACCUCGCGUUCAGGUAGCAGCGAGUGAAGCACCUUUGGAAGCAGAAGACUUGGAGAUUGGAGAUCCGAAAUUUAAUACCAGGGAAGACGACUUCGACGUGGAUAUUCUCACACAUUCUGACGAGGAAGACGAAGAUGACGAGUUCGACAUCUCUGACAAUGAAGACGAGGGCGAAGAUAACAAUGACACUUCGACUGGGCUGCUCAAGUCCACUACCACACCCUCAAAUGAACCCUACACUUCCGUACACAUAUUGCCGUUGUACUCCCAGCUGCCAACUACGGAACAGCUCAAAGUCUUUGAGCCACCACCCUCAGGAGCUCGAAUGAUAGUCCUGGCAACUAAUGUCGCUGAGACAAGUUUGACAAUUCCCGGGAUCCGGUAUGUCUUCGAUACGGGGCGCAGCAAAGAGCGCAAAUAUAAUCUUGACACCGGAGUGCAGAGCUUCGAGAUUGACUAUAUCAGCAAGGCCAGUGCUCAACAACGAGCAGGGCGUGCUGGUCGUACGGGACCUGGACAUUGUUGGCGUCUGUACACCUCGGCUGUCUAUGAGCAGUUUUUCCCCGAUCAUGCCGAACCUGAAAUUCUCAGAGCGCCGGCUGAGAGCAUAGUCUUGCAGCUCAAAGGCUUCGCAUACCCGAGACCCAUCGCACAGUUCCCCUUUCCAACGCCACCGAGUGCUUCAAUGCUGAACAAGGCAGAGCAGCUCCUCAAAAAUCUAGGCGCACUCACAGAAUCUGGUCCCAUUACCGAUCUAGGCAAACAGCUUUCCAUCUACCCACUCUCACCACGCCUCGGCAAGAUCCUGGCGGCUGGUGUCACGGAUCUCAAUGUCCUCUGGCAUGUACUGACACUGGUCUCGGCGCUUGCUGUUCCUGAAAUCUUCAUAACAGAAGCCCAGCUCGAUCUCAACGUCUCCUCGAGCAACAAUGAAGUAUACACCCGUGAAGAUCAACAAGAUGACGACGAGCGCGACAGAGUGAAGCAAGCAUACGGCCGUGCCCGCGCUGUACUGAGCAAGUCCGACAAAAGCUCCGAUGCGAUGAAGCUUCUUACUGCCGUGACGUUAUACCUCACCGCGGCCGACAAGGAACAAGUAUGCCGAGAUUUCUUCCUGCGACCCAAAGCCAUGGCCGAGAUCGCGCAACUUCGAGGUCAACUCGAGUCAAUUGUCCGUUCCAACAACCGCACCAUCACCAACGAAGUUCUCGCCGCGAGCAAGGCCAACGUUUCCCUCGACAGCACUUCAAAAGGGAAGAGUAAAAUCAAACAGUUGAACACGAUAGCGGCGUCGGGAUACAUCGACCAAGUCGCCGUCCGGUACGAUCAAAGUGCCAACUACGUCGAUCUUGGCACGACACCCAAGCCUCGAAGGGCAAUCGACGUCCCUUAUAUUCCCCUGGUGCCGCUGCACGACAGGGCAUCUGCCACGCUCUUGGAGAGAGCCGUCUACAUCCACCCUUCUAGCGUUCUGGCCAGGCUCGGCGUCAAGGACGUGCCGGAGUACAUCUGUUACAGUCAUUUACAGCGCGCACAAGCUCGCGCAGUCGUGUCUGGAUUCGCGGCCUCCAAGAUACGAAUGUUCCCCCUGACCCCGCUCGACGGCACCCAGCUGGCGUUUCUGGCCAGGGACACGGCCAUGAUCGAGUACGGCAAACCCGUGGCGAAGAGUAAAAUCGAGGAUGUCCCCGGCACGCCCAGACGGAGAGAGUGCUGGGUCAAUGUCGAACUUCGAGGGGCCAAGGGCACGGGAGGGUACGGGUGGCCUCUGCCGCCUACCAAGGUUCGACAGGUCAUGGACGUCAAUAGCAAGAGUGGCUGGCGAGUCGAGAAGGUUUUGAGCUGA